AUGUAGCGUGGUUUUAAGAAAGGUUUGUUAUUCGCCCUCCCGAUUGUGUAUGUUUAGUGGAGCAAAUAAUUCUCACUAGCUUCCGGUUUCGCAUCACCACAUUGUUUACAGUGUAUCAGUUUAGUUUGUAAAUCAAUGUUGCUAGUAUUGUGAAAGUACAACGAUAUCUUUACUAGCUUCUGUUUUUGAGCCAUAUUCAUGAAUGUUCAAUUGCUUUGGGAUGCACUGUUGCUAGGGCUUCCACUUGGAAGUUUUGGUGAACCGGCGCUUCCAGACCUUCUCCUCAUUCAUUCCCGGAGUUGGGCCAGCGGUUGCUCUACAUGCUCAUCUCACUGAACACAAUUUAUUUCAACUAUCAUACUUCAGGAAUUGUCAUUCAUUAGUUGUCAAGUCUGUUGUUAUAAUCUUCUAUUUCAUCGUUUAAAUUAUGAAACAAAAACAUUAUCUUGUCCCAUCAUUUUUGGCCUCAAAGGGAUUGGUUAAACUUCACAUCGACUCUUUCAAUCAUUUUAUUCAAACAGAAAUAAAAAACAUUGUCCGAGCAAACAGUCGUGUCAGUGUUCCAGAAGCCAAUUGGUGGUUAGAGUAUAAUGACAUAUAUAUCAAACCUCCAACAGUAAAUGAUGGAGGGGUUGUCGCCAGCCGUGUUACUCCUCAUGACUGCAGACUCCGUGAUCUAACAUAUGCUGGUGAAAUUCUUGUUGACGUCACGUUUGUUAGGCAGAACGAAGUAGUAUCGAAAAAAGGUGUCCUUAUUGGUCGCAUGCCAAUAAUGCUAAAAAGUUCUAUAUGUGUACUAAAUGGUAAAAGUCCUUCGGAGCUUAUGCGACUUAAAGAAUGUCCACUGGACCCUGGCGGUUACUUCAUUAUUGGUGGUACUGAAAAAGUAGUUCUCAUGCAGGAACAAACUUCUAAAAAUCGUCUGAUCAUUGAAGAAGAUAGUAAACGUGGAUUAGUGUGUUCUGUGACAUCGUCCUCUGCUCAAACAAAAUCUAAGACUAACAUCGUCACGAAAGAUGACAAAUUUUACCUUUCCCAUAAUUCCUUCAUCGUGGAUGUCCCUAUCGCCAUAUUGUUUAAAGCGAUGAACAUUACUUCUGACCAGGAACUAUUGCAACUUAUUGGGACAGAAGAAUCUGUUUGGGCUAACUUUGUUCCUAGCCUUAAAUUAUGUUUGGAAUAUAAUAUCCACACCUGCUUAGAUGCUUGCAAUUGGUUACAUUCACGUUUAAGACAACCUCGAUAUCGCACUGCUUUCGGAGCUGGUAGAACGCUACGAACUGCUGCUAAUAUUUUAGAGACAGAUAUCAUCUUAGAAAUACAGAGAUUUUUACGAGAUAUAAUUAUUACACAUGUUGAAAUGGAAAAGCUUAACUUUGCACCGCGUGCAUUCUUCUUAGGUCAGAUGGUUCGUUAUUUAAUACUAGCCAAUGAAAAACGUAUUCCUCCAGAUGAUCGGGAUUUUUAUGGGAACAAACGUAUUGAAUUGGCUGGUAGCUUGCUGGCCCUUUUAUUCGAAGACGUCUUCAAGACAUUUAACGAAGAUCUCUGGUUAACAGUAUCCAAGAUCGAUACAAAACGCCGAUGUACACCUUUUGAUAUAUCUCGACAUAUCAAAACGUGGAUGAUAACCGAACAGUUAAACAGAGCAAUUUCUUCUGGAAAUUGGAUCAUAAAACGAUUCCGUAUGAUGCGACAUGGUGUUACACAAGUCGUUAGCCGUUUAUCUUACGUUGCUGCCUUGGGACAUAUGACUCGAAUGACAAGCCAAUUUGAAAAAACUCGUAAGGUCUCUGGUCCACGUUCUAUUCAUGCAAGUCAAUGGGGUCUUAUCUGCCCAUCUGACACACCUGAAGGGGAAGCUUGUGGACUUGUUAAAAAUGUCGCUCUGAUGUGCCAUGUUACGGUCGAAGUAGACGAUGCACAUUUGAUUGAGCUAAUUAGCAACUACUAUACAUUUCCACUCUACCAAAUGAGAUAUGCUAAAAAUGAAUACGUGAUAUAUGUAAAUGGGAAACCGAUUGGAUUCACUCAACACCCUGGGAAACUAUGUGUUUUGAUUAGAGGUCUUCGGCGUUCGGGUAGAAUUCACGGUUUUGUUUCUGUUUAUAUCAAGCAAGCUUAUCAGUGCGUUCAUGUCGUCAGUGAUGGUGGCAGAUUCUGCAGGCCGUAUAUUAUUCUGUGCAAUGGAAGACCACUCGUAACGGAAUCUGUUCUUCAGGAUUUACGCCACAAUGUUCUAAAUUGGGAUGAUCUAUUGAAAAAAGGGUUAGUUGAAUAUUUGGAUGUUAAUGAACUCAACGAUUGUCUGGUUGCCAUGGAUGAGUCUUGUUUAACCGACGGUAAUCACUAUACUCAUAUGGAAAUCGACCCUGCCACAAUUUUAGGUGUCGUUGCUGGUUUGAUUCCUUAUCCGGAUCACAAUCAAUCUCCCCGAAAUACUUAUCAAUGUGCUAUGGGUAAGCAAGCUAUCGGCACUGUUGCACUUAAUCAGCAAAUCCGUUUUGAUACACUUCAAUGUCAAAUGGUCUACCCUCAAAAACCCCUUGUUCAGUCAAAGACUAUUCAAAUGAUGCAUUUUGAUGAGCUUCCUGCUGGUCAAAAUGCAGUUGUAGCAAUAAUGUCUUAUUCUGGGUAUGACGUUGAGGAUGCGUUGGUUAUUAACCAAGCAUCAAUUGAUCGAGGUUUUGCUCGUGCUUGUGUUUAUCGUCGGUCUGGUGUUCAUCUCAAAAUGCAUGAAAAUGCAGUUUACGAUCGCUUAAUGGGCCCUAGCAUAGAGCGAGAAACCGGGGUUCUUCGUCGUGGAGAUGAGGUGCUUCAGGCGGAUGGAGUUGCUUACAUUGGUGCUUGUGUUAACGACCGUCAAAUCCUUAUCAAUAAAGAAAUGCCUGUUGUUAGUUCAAGUGCUGUAUUGGAUAAUGCGGGAUCGCUUAGUUUGAAUGUGAAUACACCUGAAAAUGCGGUAAAUUCUAUGUCUUUAAGACUUAUAUUGGGUUUUUCUUUCACUACUGGACUAAUUAUAAAAAUCUUAGUAGGGAAUAUACGGUACAAAAUACAGUCAUUAUUAUGACUGGCACAUCUAAUUGAUAGCUUUCAUAAUGUAGGUAAAUUGGAAUCAUUUCGAGUGAUCUAUCGUAUACCUGUGUUGACUCAAAUUGCCUUGAUUGGUUUAACAUUUUCGUAUCAAUAUUCAUGUAUAUUAAAGUAAAGCCUGAUGACGAUCUAAUUGGAAACAAUUGUUCGCUUACAUAUGUUGUUCUAAUUUUCACAAUGGGAGUCUUAAAUAUUCUAAAAUAUGUUUUAAACGUAUUCACUUUAAUUGUAACUUGAGGAUAUGAGGAUCCAACAUUAUUUCGUGGACGAGUAUAAAGUCAUAAAAUUUAAAAUCCGGAUAUCAACUCCGAAUCUUCAAAUAAUGGGGGUGUUAUAUCCCGAUGAGAAAAGGGGAUGGUAGCUGUUGGAGUGUAUUUAUUAUUUAAACAUAUAAAUAUUGGUUCAAGAAAGCACCAGAUACACAUGCGCCUCACAAAUCUCAUUCGAUUUGUGUGAGGGCUGUGAUACUGAAGCAGGUGGUUUUCUUAGGGGGCCACACCCCGAGCCUUUGACCUAAAGGUCUAGUCCACAAGGCAGUGGAGCAUCAUGAGGAGAUGCAGUCCCAUGGUAGCCGGUGAUCAAUAAUUGAUUCGUACGCCACUUGUUCCCUCAGGAUACUGGAGCCCAUGUGCACCAUUGGUUUGGAAUCAGGGUUUUCCAACUCCCCUAGGUGGACCCUCCAUGUCCACCAACCCGGUUAAAGCCCCGGACAUUCGCUUUUCCUCCUGUCACUUUUGUGAACAACACCCUCACCACGAGAAGGCAGUGAGUAGGACUUCCCUGGCAGAGGCUAUAUAUUUGCGUGGCCAUAUGAGAGCAUUUGGAGAGGGAGAGCGGACUCUCCCCACUCUCUGCCGUACUAGGGCAUUUGGGGGCAUUGGAGUCUAAUUCUGGACUAAAAUCAUACAUAUAUAUGUUUAUUGUAUAAUUGUUAAGUAACUAAACUAUUCAUAUUCAUGUUUCUCUUAUUAUAAGCUUUAUUUUGCUAUUAUUAUACGAUUCACCGUUAUGCCCAGUCUAUCAAUUACUAUUUCCUGCAUUCGCAGGCAUUUUUGACUGAACCUUGCACAUAUGUUAUUCCCUAUUUUGUGGUACGAUGUGCUCUGUUUGGUUUUUAUAUAAACCCAGUAUAUUUGAAAUACAUGAUUCAUAUCGCAGAGGUUGUUAUCGGUGUUUUGGACUCAACAGGCAAAGCUAGGCAGGAAGAAGAACCGACAAGGACUCUAGACUGCUCGUACGGGUUUAAUACGUCAUUGGUCCGGUCGAUAAAUCACUACUCUCUGAUAAACGGCAUCAUUACGUGACAUAUUGAUAGGGGCACAAGGCCGCAAAAUACAACAUUUACAGAAAAACUAGGGUAUUUGUAGCAUUUCAGAUGACAUUAGGCUUCUGGAACCUUACUACAUAUAGUAGCAGGAUGUGACACGUAGUUUCACCUUCUAGACGUUUCUGAGGAAAUUCUAUUCAAUGACGAUUUGAUAAAAUGUUUCCCAGCGCUUUCAGGGUCCCUUUGGUCUUUUUCUAGGGAAUAUUCUGGGUCUCCCCAACGAAAUGUGAUUGAGAUCACAAACAGAACCGAGUUAGACGACCAUCAAGGAGCAGGAAGCACUGGUUAUUUCAAUAAUCUCCAUAAACCCUCUUAUAUUGAUAAUUAUCAUGUACUCACUGGUGUCUUCAUUCGAAAGUAAAUUCUCAGAGUCGUGAUCAGAAACUGUGAUCAAUGAUGUUCAACCGUGUUGGGAUGUGGUUUAUAUUUAUUUUUAAAAAUCCACAAUUUAUAGUAUCUAAUAUCAAUGCUCUGAAGAUCAGUGAAUAGUGUCAAUUCAAGAGAACUGAAAUAAUAAAAUAUUUUGUUGUUGUUGAACUACAAAAGUAUCCAUAAUUCAAAACUUUUACUAAGCUGUUAACUAAAUAUGUACCACUUUUCAUGUGUAGCAUUUUUUGUGAUGAUUAAAUAUUUCCAAUGCUCAACUCCUUUUGACAUUUUAAAAUGAGAGUGAGAGAAGUUCACAAAAAUUAGUUUAUGAAUUUACAAAGUUGAUAUUAUGUCGGUUACUGAUAUGCACUAGAUUUAAUUUGAACAUUGUAAAUCACUAUUGGUUAUGGUUUUACGUGAAAUUAGUUCUUUGCAUUUACGUUUAAAUGCAGACACAAAUCUUAUAAUUUAUUGUGGUUUAUUUCUUCAUUUAAGUCAUAUCCAUUUUGUAUACUUACCAUUUCAUUUGUUUGUAAUAAAAAAAUCAACUUCAGGGCCACAUCUUUCCCAGUUGAUCCUAUCUUAUUCUUUCUCAUUUUCUUCAUCUUGUAGACAGAAUUCAAGCGUUGUCCUGUAGACUACAAAGGAAUAGAGCCGUCCUAUGUAGAAAAAGUUAUGUUUUCCACAUCAGAAGGCAACCAGGCAGUAGUAAAGAUAUUAUUGCGCCAAACUAGAAGACCCGAAGUUGGAGAUAAGUUUUCCAGCCGCCAUGGUCAAAAAGGGGUCGUUGGACUUAUUGUUCGUCAAGAAGAUUUGCCUUUCUCAACGAAUGGUCUUACCCCUGACAUCAUAAUGAAUCCUCAUGGAUUUCCCAGCAGGAUGACGGUGGGUAAAUUGUUAGAAGUCUUGGGUAGCAAAGCCGGAGCUAUCGAAGGGAAAAUUCGAGACGGUUCAGCUUUUUCUGGGGAUCCUGCUGAAGUCCUUUCACAAGUACUUAUUGAUCAUGGGUAUCAUUAUCUUGGUAAGGAGAUUUUGUAUUCUGGCGUUACUGGAGCCCCACUUGAAGCAUUUAUUUACUUUGGUCCUGUUUAUUACCAGCGACUUAAGCAUAUGGUUAUGGAUAAAGUACAUGCUCGCUCACGCGGUCCCGUCACAGCAUUGACUCGGCAGCCGACUGAGGGUCGUAGUAGAGAAGGAGGUUUACGAGUUGGAGAAAUGGAACGAGACUGUUUUAUUGCUUAUGGUACUUCACAGUUACUAUUAGAACGUCUUCUGCUUUCCAGCGAUGCCUAUGAUGCAUGCGUAUGUGAAAAAUGUGGUUUGUUAGCUACGUCACCUAACUGGUGUCAGUAUUGUCGAAGUAGUCGACAAGUUGUUUCUGUCCGUAUGCCAUAUGCCUGCAAGCUGCUUUUCCAAGAACUAAUGUGCAUGAGGAUUCUGCCACGCCUUCGUUUAAGGACUGCUUAUCAUAGCAGUAUACACACUAAAUCUAAGUGAUUCAUUUUGUAUAUUCAAAUUAAUUGUUGUUGAUAACUCUGCUAUAUAAUUCUCAUGAAUUUGUAUAAAAUUGGCUGUCACUAUUUG